GGAGGGAAGAGAAAACCAUAAAUCAUUGAUCUUUUGCUCGCAGACCAACUUUGCAUUAGCAACAAAAUCCACAUAUAUAGAACAAGCACCAGCGAAUUAACCCACGGUCAACCCUGACUCUACCAACAGAAUAAAAAAGAGAAAGGCCAGGGGAUAGACAGGUGGCAUAACUUAAAAUUCGAACAAUGGACCCCGUUAUAGAAGUUGUUGGUUUUUUACUUGGUUUUUUGGGCUGGGUGAUGGUGGGGAUUGCUCUGCCGAACCGUUACUGGAAAGAAUCGACUGUGGACGGCAGCGUUAUCACAACUUCAACCAUUUACGAGAACCUAUGGAUGUCCUGCGCUUCAGACUCCACGGGUAUCCACGACUGUCGUGAAUUUCCUUCGCUGCUUGCCCUGUCCGGAUAUUUACAGGCGUCUCGCGCACUGAUGAUCGCUGCCAUAGUGAUGGGGACUUUUGGGAUUCUUGCGACAAUGGUAGGAAUGAAGUGCUCCAAAGCAGGAGGAGAAAAUUAUAUUCUGAAAGGCAGAAUUGCUGGCACUGGGGGUGUGUGCUUUUUGCUACAAGGUCUGUGUACUAUGAUUUCUGUGUCCUGGUACGCCUUCAACAUCACCCAGGAGUUCUUUGACCCGUUCUACCCCGGGACAAGGUUUGAAUUUGGGGAAGGUCUGUAUAUCGGGUGGUGCUCAGCUAUAUUAGCCAUCUGUGGAGGAUCAUGUCUGUUGUGUGCCUGCAAACUGGAGCAGUCUGAUGAUACUCCCUACAUGUACCAGCCUAACAAAGGCACAGUGUAUUCAGCAGCUGUCACAUCACAGAGGGGUGCCACCAGCCCAUAUGACAAGAAUGCGUAUGUCUGAAGGAAAGGCCUUACAAAUAUGCAUGGGUCAAUCACACCUGCUCUGCAUGAACCAGACAAAAACCGCCAGCUGUACACCUAGUUGAUAUUGUUCAAUUAGUCCACAUCACAUUUUUUGGAAAAAAAAAGUCCCUUAUUGACAAAUAUAUUAUUUUUUUUAUAUACUAAAAAAAAAACUUAAUAAAAACUGAAAAAACAAACAAACAAAACAACAACAACAACAACAAAAUAUAAAUAAACAGUUUGUUAUGUUGUAUAGUUGCACUGCAAAAGAAUGAUAUGACUUGGUCUCAUAUCUUUAAAGUUUACACAAACUGUAAUUUGCAGAUUCAUGUUUUGAUAGUUUCAUGUUUUCAUCUUUGGUAGCCUAGUACAAAGGGAAAUCCAUACACAAAUCUUAAUAACUUUGAAGGAAUUGAUGAGUGUACAUGGCAAAAUAAUUCCAAUCCAAAGGUGUAUCAUUUAAUAUAUGUCUUGCUAUGUAUUAUCGUUUUGUUUCAUACUUGUUUUAAAUAUUGCUCUCAAUUUACACACCUAGAGAGUCUGGUCUUUAAGAGGCUUAAGGUCAAAAUAAAGGAAUGUUCAAACUUUG